AUGGAGAAAGAGAAAGAAGAUGCAUCCCGCAUAACAGUUCCUAUCACCAAUCCAUCAAUCCAGGACAACAUAUCAAGACCACUGUAUCCAAAUUUUUCAAAUUACAUGCCAAGUUACUACGGUCCAAUGUCUCAUGCGUGGUUACCACCUUUUGUGCCUCCUCCAAAUGCCAACCCAUAUUUAUGGAGCAACCAGCAACACCCAUGGAGCUCUACUGCCGCUGCAACGUCAAGUACUACUGCCCUAAGUAGUUCUGCUGCCUUGUAUAGUUCUGCCAUGCCAAUGAUGGGACCUCCUCCAAAUGCGUACCCAUAUCCAUGGAACAACCAGCAACACCCAUGGAUCUCUACUUCUACUCCCAUGUCUAGUUCUGCAAGUAGUGUCAGCUCUAGUGUAGCUGCGAGUUCUAGUGUACAGAGCAGCGCUAGCGUCGCUUCUAGCUCUUGUUCAGCUUUACCAGCAUUUGUUCCUCCAACUUCUACCAACCCAUAUCCAUGUGACAGUGAGGAAAAUAAAGUGCAGCAAAGUAACUCUAUUGAAGAAAAUAGUGAGGCCACAUCAGACUCAAUAGAAGUUGAAGCGCAAUCUACUGCCUCUUUGGGUAAUACGGCUGAUACCAAAGAGGCUAGCACUGAUGGGGGUGAUACCACUGAGGAGCCAAAGCCAGGGAUGACUUUUGAGUCGGAGAAUGAGUUGAUGAAUUACUAUAAACAUUACGGAAAACGAUGUGGUUUUGGCGUAAUGACACAAAGGAGUAAAAGGGAGAGAGAUGGGACUGUGAAAUAUGUCACUGUGGGAUGUGCUCGGGGUGGCAAGGCACGAAAUAGGGCGUCAAACGUCUCCAAGCCUCGGCCAACAAGCAAGACAGACUGCAAGGCAAGGAUAAAUGUCAUGUUAAAGGAUGGGAAGUUGUGUGUCACAUCCGUAUUUAACACACACAAUCAUGGGCUUAGUCCAAGAAAAUCCAGAUUUUUCAGAUGCAACAGAGAAGUUAAUGAGUCUGUUAAGAGGGUGUUGGAUACUAAUGAUGAGGCUGGUAUACGGAUGAAUAAAAGUUUCCAUGCUCUUGUGACUGAGGCGGGUGGGUUUGAGAACGUACCAUUUGGAGAAAAAGAUUGUCGUAAUUAUAUUGACAAGGCACGACACUUACGCCUUGGUAAAGGUGGUGCUCAAGCGCUGUUUGAGUAUUUUAGAAGGAUGCAAUUCAAGAAUGAUGGUUUUUUCAGCCUCAUGGAAUUGGAUGAUGAUGAUAGACUGAAAAGUGUAUUUUGGGCGGACGCCCGUAGUAGAGGGGCCUACAACUACUUUGGAGAUGUAGUAACUUUCGAUACCACAUACCUGACAAAUAGGUAUGGAAUGCCAUUUGCACCUUUUGUGGGUGUAAACCAUCAUGGACAGUCAAUCCUUUUGGGUGCAGGCCUUAUUUCAAGUGAGGAUACGGAAUCGUUUGUUUGGUUAUUUAAAACUUGGCUCGAUUGCAUGGAUGGAAAAGCGCCGAAUACUAUCAUAACAGAUCAAGAUCGCGCAAUGAAAAAUGCGAUAGCUAUUGUCUUUCCCAACACGCGGCAUAGAUAUUGCUUGUGGCACAUAUUGCGAAAGGUGCCUGAGAAGCUUGGUUCACAUGCUCAAUACAAAUGUGGCCUGAAAAGUAAGUUACUAUCUUGUGUCUAUGACUCUCUUACAAUCGAGGAGUUUGAGAAUUCUUGGAACAGCCUGAAGGAUACUUUCAAUUUACAUGAAAAUGCAUGGUUGCAAAGCUUAUAUGCGGAAAGAGAGUUUUGGGUGCCGAUAUAUUUAAAGAAUUCGUUUUGGGUUGGAAUGAGUACAACUCAACGCAGUGAGAGUAUGAAUGCUUUCUUUGAUGGUUACGUGCAUGCCAGGACAAACCUUAAAGAGUUUGUUGAUCAGUUCGACAAUGCAUUGAAGAAAAAAAUUGAGAACGAAAACCAAGCUGACUUCAAUUCAUUUAAUUUCACGGUUCCUUGCAUAUCACACUUGGCUUUUGAGAAGAAGUUUCAAGAUGUAUACACAAAUUCAAAAUUUAGGGAGGUUCAACAAGAGAUAAUGGGAAUGAUAUAUUGUCAUUGUCGUUUCGAGAAAAUGGAUGGAGUAAUCGCAACUUACUCGGUCGAUGAUCAAGUUAAGGCUGAAGAUUUCAUCAAGGAGGUUACGUACACUCUUUACUUUAAUGAGACCGAAUGUGAGGCGAAGUGUGUUUGUGGGUUGUUUGAGAUGCGAGGGAUCAUUUGUAGACAUAUUCUUGCCAUCUUUUCAGCUAAGAAAGUUCGUGAGUUGCCGGAAAAAUAUAUAUUGGACCGGUGGAGAAAAGACAUAAAACGUAAGUAUACGUUUAUUUCGAGAAGUUAUGACAUUGCUGAUCAGAGACCCGAAACUGUUAGGUAUAAACGUAUAUUGAAAACUUUCAAUGAGGUAGUAACAAAUGCAGUAUCGUGCGAUGGGCAUACUGAGGAAAUGAUUUCGAAGUUAUAUGCGAUGAAUGAGGUAUGGCGCACUUCAAACCCCAAGGACAUUGCUAAUGUUGGAGGAAAUACCGUGAAUGCAGCGACAGAAGGAAGUUCCAAAAAGAGGCAUAGAUUGGAUACUGAACUAUUGGAAAGCAGUGGAAACCAACUCGGGAUAUCAGAAAUGAGGGUGCAAGAAAAUGUACAAACUUCCAUAAUGGUGGAUCAAGAAAGUGGACAACAAACUUCAGUGAUAGGGACACAAGAAAGCAUGCAAUUAGAAAUGGAUGGAACGCAGCCGGACGCAGCCGAAGACUGCAGAUGGAAUGCAGCCAAGCAGCUUCUUGUAGCAAGACUUCAUAGAUCCAUUAUGCCUACUUAUGUUGUGUGUUAA